GUGAGACGAAGGAGGGGACGGCGAUUUGUGGUGGAGGCGGUGGACUCGUGCAGCAAUUGGAUCGAACUAUACCAACGAGUCGAGACGUGGUGACCACCUAGCUCGUAAGGAGCCAACGACGGCAGCGGCAGCUGCUGCAGCGCAAUGAUUCCUUCCUUCCUUUCGCUGCGGUCUAUUAACUGGCCAUCAAUCAUGUAGUGUCUUUCCCCCAUUCCAUGGAGUGUUUGCGACAUCCGCCAGCUCCUUCCCCGGAGCAGAUCAAGCCAUGCUUUCGUUGACGGAAGCACGCCUCUGGUAGCAGCAGCCCCGCCGAGACGGGAAAGGUUGCCAUCUUUUCCUUCUAUUUCCGCACCUCCUCCUGGUCUUCUUCCCUUGCCAUGAAGUCUUCCCCCGCCGUCUCCCUCUUCGGCGCCAAGGCGGCGGACCCCGCCAUCCGCCGGUGGCUCUCCCCGCUCCUCUUCCUCGCCGUCGUCGCACUCUCCGUCUCCCUGCUCUACCGCGCCGCCACGCCAGCCGUCUCCUUCCCCCCGAUGACGACGGUCCGGGUGGAACUCAGCCCUCCAGUCGCCGUGUGGCAGCCGGUCGGCGCUGCCGAAGCCUCCGACCCGAUUUCGCGGUCCUCUCUUCCGCCCGAGCAGAGGCCGGUCGACGCUGCCGUCGCUUCCGACCCGGAACCGAUUUCCUCUGCUCCAUCUGUGCAGAAAAUGCCAGAAAGCCAGGAUGUCAGGCUGGAGAGGGUGCUCAAGGCAGCGGCCACCGAAGACAAUACUGUAAUACUGACCUCCUUGAAUGCUUUCUGGGCUUCUCCCGGAUCCGUGCUGGAUCUCUUCCUGGAGAGCUUCCGCAUCGGCAACGGGACCAGCGAGCUCCUGAGCCACCUGGUGAUCGUCGCCGUGGACGACAAGGCGUACGGGCGGUGCCUCGCCAUCCACCCGCACUGCUUCCACCUCAAGACCGAGGGGGUGGACUACUCCGGCGAGAAGGUGUUCAACACUCCCGAGUACCUGGACAUGAUGUGGGCGAGGCUGGACUUCCUACGCCUGAUUCUGGAGAAGGGAUACAACUUCAUCUUCUCGGAUGUAGACAUCAUGUGGUUCCGGAAUCCAUUACUCUACUUCUAUCCAGAUGGAGAUUUCCAAACAUCCUGUGACAAUUUCUUGGGGGAUCCUAACAAUCUCAAGAACUGGCCCAACAACGGAUUCAACUACGUGAAGUCCAACAACCGAAGCAUAGAAUUCUACAAGUACUGGUACUCCUCGCGUGCCAGAUUCCCCGGAGUUCAUGAGCAGAAUGUGUUUAACAUCAUCAAGUUCGACCAACACAUUCAGCAGAUUGGAGUGAGGAUCAGAUUCCUGAGCACCGAGCGCUUCGGUGGGUUCUGUGAGCCAAGCAGAGACCUCAAUAAGGUCUGUACGAUGCACGCAAACUGUUGCAUCGGCUUACGCAGAAAGAUCGAUGAUCUAAGAGCCAUGCUUGAUGAUUGGAGGAAAUUUGUGUCUCUGCCACCUGAUACAAGGAUAUCUAGACGGUUCUCAUGGAGUGUACCUCGAAGCUGCAGAGAAGCACGCACCACGCGGUCACUUGUUCCUCCUCUCGGGUCUAUGCCUUCGGCGGCGAGGUUCCUCCUGACGAGCUCCGAAUAUGUGCCGCCGUCUCCGCCGCCGGAGCCGCUCUCAGUCGACAUAGACGUGGUGGUGAUCCUCGCCGCCCUUGUCUGCGCCGUGGUCUCCGUCACCGGGCUCGCCCUCGUUGGCCGCUGCGCCAGCUCCCGGCGCUCCCCAGGCGGCGGACGCCCGCAGGCGCCGCCAGACAAGGGCCUCAAGAAGAAGGCCUUGCGGGCGCUGCCGAGGGUGGCCUACGCAGCCGGCAGCGAGGGCCCGGCGGAGUGCCCGAUCUGCCUGGCCGAGUUCGUGGAGGGGGACGAGCUCCGGGAGCUGCCGCAGUGCGGCCACGGGUUCCACGUCGGGUGCGUCGACGCGUGGCUCGCCUCCCACCCGAGCUGCCCAUCCUGCCGCCGGGCGCUCGUCGUCGCCGCACCGCCGUCCAGGUGACGGGUGCGGUGCGACCUCCAUCGACGUCGCCACGGCGGCGGCGAGGGGAGACGGUGACGCCAGCGUGUUUGGAUGGAGGAUCGCUUUCUGCUUGUCCUAAGCGAGUUUGGAGUGACUACUUACUUGUAUUAUGUAAAUUGGAAGUAGGAUCAUGUAAAAAGAACAGAAAUUAAGGAAAAAAUCUCCCCAAAAAAAUCAACUGUUUUGAUUCAUGAAACGCAA